AUGGGUUAUGAGUGUUGGGAUACACGUAUUUGUUUUAAUUAUGAUCAAUUAAAACAAAAAAUUGUAAAUAUGUCUGCCAAAUCAAGUCUUACAACAUGGGAAUUACUUCGUUAUGUUUUUGAAUUCUAUUCAGACUCAAACUCAAUCAAAUUACAAAAUAAUGUGUUGUGUCCUGUGCUUGGUGAAUUUAUUCCCAAAAAAACAUUUUACUCAACAUUUAUAAGUAAAGUUAAUGAUAUAGGGAAUUAUCGAUGUMAAAUUGAGAAGUUUGAAAAAUGUGAAACUUUUAUAAACACUAAUUUUGGCAGUUUCAACAGAAUUGUACUACAGAACCCAUUGAAAUUAUGUAACAAUGUUGUUCCUUGGCUAUAUGAUAAAAAUAUGAAUUUAUUUAUAGAUUUGUGUACAAAAUCUGCCAACUCAAUGUGAAACACUAAUAAUUUGUUAAAUUGAAUGAUAUUAAAUAUAUUAU